AUGCUUGGCUGGUCGGGCUUGCGGCGCUGUGCUACAUAUCGCAGUGGCAAUCGGUUCAUAGCCGAAAAGCUGUACAAAGCCGUCUACUCGCAGCAUUUCACUAGACUUGUCACGCGAACUCCAAUACUUUCCCCAGGCGUGUCAUCCAGUUCUCCACUGGAAAUCGCCUGCCAUUACCGACAUUCCAACGGACAUCUUCCCAGCCUCGCCGGGGCCAGAAUCAAUGGCGAACCGACACCGACAAAGUGCCGGGACAGCAUUCAACCGGAUGGUAGAGAAGGGGAGAGGGGGAAGAACGCUUGCUCGGCCCGCCCGAUUUUCGGGAUGUGGAGACGGGAUUUACAACCCCGCGCUCCUCCGGAAUACAUCAAUAUAAGAUAUCAAGAGUCAGGGCCUUACACAUCAACUCAGACCUGCAUCUUCAAGCUCAUUUCCUCCCAUAGAGAUUCUUACAUGCCCCCCCUUUCUAGGUUUCUGAACCUCUUCAAAAGGAUAGCACUUCUUCAGCCAACGACAAAACCCGUCGCCUCCAGACGCAAAAUGCGCAUCCCUUACGUCCCCAACCCGCCACCGACCUCUACCCCCGAGGAGGCCGCUAUCGUCUCCCGGAUCCAGGCCCGUCGCAACCCGCGGCCAUUGCAACCUCUAGACCUGGCCUUGCUCCACGCCCCGCCCGUUGCUGAUGGCUGGAACUCCUUCCUUGGGGCUAUUCGCACGCAGACCACCAUCCCUGCCGACCUACGCGAGCUCGCCAUCUCGCGCGUCGCCGUUGUCAACCGGGCCUGGUAUGAGUGGGGUCACCACGCGCCGCUGGCCGUCGCCGCCGGUGUCUCGGCAGAUGCCAUGGACGCGGUCAAGGCCGAGUCGCCGCUAGAGCUCGACGCCCGACCGGCCCUGUAUCUAAACGAGAAGCAGUGGGCCGUGCUGGUGUACACGGACGAAAUGACGAGGAAUGUCAGGGUCAAGGAUGAGACCUUUGAAAAGCUGAAGGCCUUAUUUAGCGAGCGGGAGGUUGUAGAAAUUACAACGACGGUUGCAUGCUACAACUGCGUGAGCCGGUUCUUGGUGGCCCUAGAUGUUGGCGAGAGGAACAGUACUGGUCCCGACGAUGUCUCACUUACUGGCCAUUGA